AUGGAAACCACUGGUAAAAGAACAAGGACAAGUCAUUGCUCUAAGUGUGGUUCGAUCUCUCACAAUGUUCGAACCUGUCCCCUCAAUCACGGAACUGGAAUUCAGGCAAUUAGGCUGAAUGUUGAUGAUAGAAGAACUAUUCAGCGUGAAAUGAGAAUUGCAACAGCAGGUGUGGGUGUUUAUGUGAACGAGGAUACUGGAAACCAAUAUGUUAGGCUCAAUGGAGCUAGUGGGCGUCCUCAAGGGAACAGUCAGCAAGCUGUUGUGGAUGCCCAGGGGAGCCAGCCACCAGUCACUCAACCGUAG